CUUUUUAUGUUCUACACGGAACUGCAAGUAAAGCGGAUCUACUGUUCAGUUGUUCUGUAAACCAAAAUAUUUUUCUUACUUUUUAUUAUUUUGUGAGAAUGAUAAUACAAUCAAUACGUAGCACUAAGGGAUGAAUCAACGCACAACGCAGCUAUCCUAAAACAAUAAAGAGCCGGUUUUGCUCUGAGAAAUUACCUUGUCACCAACAAAAGGAUUUAAUCUGUCCAUAUAACAACUAUGAGAGAUAUUCUUGCCUAGCAGCAGUUGAAUUGGGAAUGCCCUAGAGGAUACAGAGUCAGUUUAAUAUUUCAAAGGGUUUGCUUAUACAACAAAGUGCGCUGUUAUCAUCAAAUCGCCAAGUUAUCAGUUCAAACAUUUGGCUCAAUACAUCAUUGCAAUGGAAACCGCAAUAAGUUUAAGGCAAAUUUUCAAACUGGCUUUGAGGUUUAUUUCAUACAAAUGGAAUCAAUCUCGUCUUACUACCCGAGAAUAUGAGAUCGUCAAUACCAACUGUGGUGAGGUUAGAGGAGUUAAACGUCUAAACAUAUGCCCGAAGGAUAUGGCCUACUAUGCAUUUGAAGGUAUACCAUAUGGCAAGCCACCUACGGGAAAUCUCAGAUUUCGUGCACCUCAACCUAUUGAGCCAUGGCAAGAAGUACUCGAUUGCACUCAGGCCAAGGCGAAACCCAUGCAAGUUAAUAUGUUAACGAGCAUGAGAGAAGGAUCCGAGGAUUGUCUUUAUUUAAAUGUCUAUGCAAGAAAGCUAAAAGGAUGUGGUGCUCCUCUACCUGUCAUGGUGUGGAUAUAUGGUGGUGGCUUUCAAGUAGGUGAGGCUACACGCGACUUCUAUGGACCUGAUUAUUUUAUGAUGCAGGAUGUCAUAGUUGUAACCAUCAACUACAGAGUGGGAGUGUUUGGUUUUCUUUGCUUGGAUGAUCCUAACCUGAAUAUACCUGGCAAUGCUGGCCUAAAAGAUCAAGUCUUGGCCUUGAAAUGGGUUAAGGAAAAUAUUCACCACUUCAAUGGAGAUGCCAAUAAUAUAACCGUUUUUGGUGAGAGCGCAGGUGCAACUUCCACACAUAUUCUAAUGCUCACUCCACAGACGCAAGGUCUUUUCCACAAGGCCAUUGUGCAAUCUGGUUCGGCGUUAUGUCCUUGGGCUGUUACCGAAAAACAUGAUUGGGGUUUUAAAUUGGCUUGCUAUUUGGGAUAUGAAGGAGAUAAUAAAGAUCAGGAAAUCUAUGAGUAUUUGAUGCAACAAGAUGGGCGCAAAUUGGCCACUAACUCUGUGUGUCUACUCUCCCAUCAGGAUAUGGUGGACAAUAACCGCUUUUGUGCUUUUCUUCCUGUGGUGGAGCCUUAUGCAACAGCUGAAUGUAUAACGGAUAAACCUUUUGAGGACCUUCUAUCCAAUGCCUGGAGCAAUAAAAUUCCCCUAAUAAUAGGUGGCACAUCAGCCGAAGGUUUAUUCCAUUACUCAUUUGUGGCUAAGCAUAGACACACACUGGAGACCGCCCAAGGUUUACGCCUGGACCAUUUAUUGCCUGAUGAAGUGAAACAUAACCAAAGCCAAGAAAAUUUCAAUCAAAUGAUACAAAGCUUUAGAAAGGAGUAUUUCAAUGAACAAGCACCCACUUUCAAAGAUCACCUUAACAAAUAUUUGGAACUAAUGGGUCACCGAACAUUUUGGCAUCCCAUGUACAGGAUCAUAGAGGCCAGAUUAUCGUAUGCUCCUAACGUGGCCACCUAUUGCUAUUACUUUGACUGUCUUUCUCCAAACUUCAGAGCUUACUCAAACUUACUGUGUGGUGACCAUGAAGUAUUCGGGGUAUGUCAUGGUGAGGACAUUUUAUAUCUCUUCCACAACAUCUUAUCGGUCAAUGAAGUCAACUCUGGACCAGAAUACAAAUACAUUGAACGUAUGAUUGGUAUGUGGUACAAUUUUGCUUUAUCAUCGAAUCCAAAUUGUAAAGAAAUAUCACCCAUUACUUGGGAAAAAGUGGAAACUUUGGAUUUCGGAAUGCCCCUGGAAUGUUUAAUUAUUGGAGAAGAACUACAGUAUGCUACGAUACCGAUUAACAAGAAACUUAAAUGUUGGUCGGAUUUAUAUAAACAAAUAUCAAUCUUGGCGCAUAAGUACAAACAGUUGCGAGCUGCCACAAAUGAAUACGAGAUUGUCCAUACCUCCAGGGGACCCGUGAAGGGUAGAAAGCGUAAAAACUUUUACAGUGCAUUUGGUAAAUUCUAUACCUUCGAGGGUAUACCAUAUGCCAAACCACCAUUGGGAGAGCUGAGAUUUCGAGCUCCUCAACCCACAGAAUCUUGGCAGGAGGUACUUGACUGCACCAGUUGCAAGACAAAGGCCAUGCAGUACCACUACAUAGCAAGAUGGAAAGAGGGUUCCGAAGAUUGUUUGUAUCUCAACAUUUAUGCCAAAGAGUUAAAUACCUCAAAACCUUUGCCAGUUAUGGUCUGGAUUCAUGGCGGGGGAUUUCAAAUAGGCGAAGCCACUCGCGAUUUAUGUGCCCCCGAUCAUUUCAUGCAACGCGAUAUGGUUCUGGUGACUUUCGCUUAUCGUUUGGGAAUAUUUGGUUUUCUAUGCUUUGAUGACCCGGAACUUAAUAUCCCUGGUAAUGCCGGCCUCAAGGAUCAAGUCAUGGCCCUACGCUGGGUCAAGGAGAACAUUCACAAUUUCAAUGGAGACCCCAACAACAUAACCGUGUUUGGUGAGAGCGCAGGAGGAGCUUCGACUCAGUUCAUGAUGUCUAUUCCUCGGACCAAGGGUCUCUUUCACAAGGCCAUCAUUCAAUCCGGUUCAAUGUUAUGCCCCUGGGCUCACACCCAAAACCAUGAAUGGGCCUAUAAAUGUGCUUGCAAACUAGGCUACAAAGGGGAGAAAAGUGACAAAGGCGUCUAUGAGUAUCUCAAUAGGAAGUCCUCUCAACAAUUGGUGUUGCGCGACUUUUCGCUUUUGACCAAGGAACAGCAUAUGGACAAUUUGAUGUUCUUCUUUAAUCCUGUCGUGGAGUCUUAUGUAACAGAAGACUGCAUCACCAGCAAGCCCUUUAAGGAACUUAUGGCAAAUGCCUGGGGCAAUAACAUCCCUCUUAUCAUUGGAGGCAAUACAGACGAAGGAUUCCUCUUCCACAAUAUGGCUCGGAAAUUCCCCUUUAGGGUCAAUGAGCUGAACGAUUGCACAACUCUCUUACCCGAGGACAUAAAGAGUAGCCGCGAUGAAGCUGCAUUAAAGCAAUUAGGCUUGUGCCUCAAACACGCCUACUUUGAGGGCAAGCAACCCAAUAUCAAGGACAACUUACAUCACUACUUGGAACUGAUGGGCCAUAGAGCAUUUUGGCAUCCCCUCCUACGUACCAUUAGAGCCCGCUGCGAAUACGCUGCUCGUGCUGCAACCUUUUGCUAUAAAUUUGAUUUUUACUCCGAGUUCUUUAACUUUUAUCGCACUGUGAAUUGUGGUCGUGCGGCCAAGUGUGUGUCUCAUGCUGAUGACCUGCCCUACCUAUUCCACAGUCUCCUUAACGAAAAGCUCAACACCAGCAGCAGGGAGUAUCAAUGCAUACAGCGCAUGAUAGGCAUGUGGUAUAAUUUCGCCUUGACCUCGAACCCCAACUGCCCAGAGAUUGAACCUGUUGUGUGGCAACCACUUGCAGAUCUAAGCGAGGCGCCCAAAUGUUUAUGGAUAAGCGAUGCACUGGAGAUUAAAGAGCUGACGGAGUAUGAAAAAUGCAAAGUUUGGGAUGAAUUUUAUACACAACAGGAAUUAAUUUAAGAUUGCAUUUCCUACAUGAAUGUGAAUAAAUUUUUUUACUUCUAUUAAGCUUUAGAAAA